AUAUAACCUUCUUUAUCAAUGACGUAAAUACUUCAUGUGUUGUUUAUUUUUGUUGUCACAUCAAAUUGAUAUCAAAUUAUGUUGAAAUUUAAAAUUCAUUAGUACGUCAGUUGCAAAAGUCUGCAACUUACAAAUACAUUAUGUUGUUGGGUCAAAUACUUAGUCCAAGUAUAACAACGUCCGCCUUAUGACUUCGAAGGUUAUGUGAAACAUUUUGCGAUGAGUUUCUACCAGUUUCAUAUAUUGUUCACCUUAUUCAUAGUAUCGAAUGCACUCAAUGAAAAUCUUAUAUCAAAUUUUACCUUUAAUGUUGUCAAGACCCAACAAGUUGUACUGUUCGGAUGCAGCGAAAAAGAUUUGAUGAAUGUUACGAGAUCUCUAAUCCGUCAAAAACGUCUCGUUCUGUGCGUCAAUAUAAAAAGAAACUUUUCGUGGGAAAACAUUCUUACAAGACACAAUCAUGUUAGAACUUCAGUCAUUUUGGACUGCACUUGUUCUGAGUGCAGAAAUAUUCUUCGUUUUUAUUCUGAAAGCAGGUCUUUUAACAAAACCUACCAAUGGAUGGUAUGGGAUCUUGAACACUAUGGUUUAAAUCAACUCGAACGAACGGAAGACUUAUAUAACAUUGGACCAAAUGCUCAAAUGACUUUCGUCAAUUCAAGUGGAGGUGGAAACUACUCUUUAUUUGAUGUACAUUCAAAAGGCCGACAUCUCAAAGCUCCUAUCGAAGUUGUGCAUUAUGCAGACUGGAUUGACAAUAAGCUUAUUAUGCACAGGGAUAUUUUCCAUCUUCAAGGGAUACGAAAUAGAGGACAAUUCAAAGGAUUACAGCUCCGUGGAGUAGUUGUAAUUGAUCGAGAGAAUAUCACCACUGACGAACAAAUCCAUAAACUUGUCACCAGCACCAAUAAAAAAGAUGGUAUUGCAACGUUUAUUAAAUAUCACUACGAACUUGUGUGUUUCAUGAAGGAUCAGUUAAAUUUUACAAUAAACUAUCGGAAUGUCCGUAGUUGGGCAGGUCGACUUCGUGGGGGACCAUUUCGCUUGGGAUUCUUGGGAGUUCUUAAGCGCAAUGAGGCAGAUAUUGGAGCUUCGGCUGCAUUCAAUCGCAUAAAUAGAUUUGUCGAUUACGAUAACAUACAUAUGAGUUGGAAAUUUGACUCGGCUUUCAUUUAUCGAUUUACUUCGGAGAUAGAUGCUGAUGGUGCAAGUGGUGAUUUUUUGGCACCCUUCGUAAUGCAAGUUUGGGUAUUUUCCUGUGGUUUAACGGUUUUCUUGAUUUGUGUUUGGUAUUUUGUAUCUUGGAAUAUGAGGCGCAAAAUUCGCCAUGAAGAAGAAGACAAUGAUGGAUUCUUGCUUAAAACCUUUGCUGCUCUUUGUCAACAAGGCCUUGAUCCGGUUCCAAAGAACUUACCAUCUCGGACGAUAGUUCUGACACUGUUUGUAUUCAGCCUGAUGAUGUAUAAUUUCUAUACUUCAUCGGUGGUUGGAGGGCUUUUGAAUAGUUCUGAACGAGGACCAAAAACUGUUGCAGAAAUCGUCAAUAGUCCUUUGAAGUUGUCCUUCGAAGACAUUGGGUACUAUAAGGUUCUUUUUAAGAAUCCAACAAAUCCUAUAGUACAACGCAUGUACAAAACAAAAGUACUACCUAAACGAAUUCCGAGUGAACUGCCAAUUUUUACACACGUUAAAGAUGCCAUUCCGUAUUUGAAAAAGGGUGGAUAUGCAUUUCAUUGUGAACGAAUUGAUGCUUACCCCGAAAUUGCUCGUCUUUUUGAUGCUAAUGAAAUUUGCGAUUUGAGAGUUGUUUCGGGACUUUUGGAAACGGAAGUGAUAGCCAUGUUUAUUGUUAAAAAUAGCAUGUACACGGAGUUAUUUCGAAUAAUUCUUUGCCGUGCACGAGAAGUAGGAAUUAUUAAACGUACUAUAGCUAUUCACAAACCUGAUAAACCUGAGUGCCAAGCAUCAUAUACCGUUUAUCCAGUUGCAUUUUCCGGUGUUUCAAAUGCCUUUUUUCUUUUAGGGGGAGCUAUGUUUCUUUCUGGUUUAUGUUUAUCGGCCGAAAUAAUACAUGUUCGAAUGAAGGAAGAUAAACCCUUUUCAAUUUUUGGAAAUAAUAAAAACCAUUAAUUUUACUAUUUUUGCUGCUUAAAGUUUAUUUAGGCAUGUAUGAUGCUAUGGCUUAGCAAGUUUAUUGUUAAAUUCAUGUUCACACGAUAGCAAGAUUGUUAAAGUUUUUAA